CGGGCUUCCACGGCCACCUAGUACCAUCAUUCUUCUAACUCCUUUAUAACUAUUCUAUGUAACAAAUUAUGCUGGUGGCGCUCAUUAUGCCUAACUUCAAGAUCCUCGCUUCCUUGCCGAAAGAAGAUGGCCUACAAGCUGUACUGGAGAAGAUGGAAGCUACGGAUGCGCUUUCUAUCACUAUUCUUCGGAAACGCACCCAGUAUGAGCCACUGCGUAAUAUCAUUUCAGGACUGUGGUUUGCAAUUCUCUAUCGAGCAGUUGAAACCCACACUGGCCGCGAUAAACCACCGCGAAAGAAGUUGCGACGUCAUGCUAUUCACCAACUUGCCGAUUGCCUACGUGCCGGAAAUGAGAUUUCUAACCACAACAAUAAUAUCAGCAAGAUGAUCUCAAAGCGUAUGAGGUCGGGACUAGCUUCGUGGAGUGUGAUUUCACACGAACCUGGCCUCCUGGCCAUUGUUAAUUUCUCGAGCCCUCCUUCAAAAGAUUUCCUUCACAGCCUGGGGUUCUUUUUACAAGAUGCUGAUUUGCACCACUCCACAAAACGCUAUCGUUCCGUUGUACUGAGGAUCCUAAUCUUCAUGGAAAAAACCUUACGAAAAACGAGAAGCUUAUAUUAUUACCUAGAAACUGCGUUACGGGACGUCAUCAACCUGGCCAGCUGCGGAAGUGACCGUUGGAAAGAGAACGACAACGCUCCUAUAAACCUGUUUUUCGAAAGUGCUCAAAGUCAAGAUCAUUUAGCAAGCGUUAAUACUUGUGCAGAAUCUGAUCUGUCUUAUAGUAUAUCGCUAGAAACAACCUUCAACAAAAGCACAUUUCCGCGGUACAUGAUACAGUACGAUUCGCCAAUUUUCAUCUGCGUACAGUCCGGGGAUAUCCACGCUGCUCGAGUAUUGUUUCAAGAUGGCAUGGCAUCGAUUUAUGAUGUUGAUCCGUAUAACCUUGGACUUCUUUAUGUAAGGAAGAGCAUUCAAAAAAUCUGAGUUACAACUAAUAUAUCGAUAGUAUGCAAGUUAUUAUUGCUGGAGAUGUUAUGGAAUGGUGAAGGCAAUGCCAAUGUGUAG